GCGUCCUCGCGCCCCGCUGCGGGGCGGGGGCCCCGCCGAUGGCCUCGGAGGCGGUGAAGGUGAUCGUGCGCUGCCGGCCCCCGAGCGAGCGCGAGAAGGAGCUCGGCUGCAAGGUGGUGGUGCACACGGACAGCGCUCGGGGCCAGUGCUUCAUCCAAAACCCCGGCGCCGCCAGCGAGCCCCCCAAGCAGUUCACCUUCGACGGGGCCUACGAUCAGGAGCACAACACGGAGCAGAUCUACAACGAAAUCGCCUACCCGCUCGUGGAGGGUGUCACUGAAGGUUACAAUGGCACGAUAUUUGCCUAUGGCCAGACUGGCAGCGGGAAGUCAUUUACCAUGCAGGGUAUUGUGGAUCCAUCUACACAGAAAGGCAUAAUACCCAGAGCAUUUGAACACAUUUUUGAAAGUGUUCAGUGUGCUGAAAAUGCCAAGUUCUUGGUGAGAGCUUCUUAUUUGGAGAUUUACAAUGAAGACAUACGAGACCUUCUAGGAGCUGACACCAAGCAAAAGUUGGAGCUGAAGGAGCACCCAGAGAAAGGGGUGUAUGUGAAGGGUCUUUCUCUGCACACAGUACAUAGCGUGGUCCAGUGUGAGCGUAUCAUGGAGACAGGCUGGAGAAACCGCGCAGUGGGUUAUACCCUAAUGAAUAAGGACUCUUCCCGCUCCCACUCCAUCUUUACCAUCAAUAUGGAAAUCUACACUGUAGAUGAGAGAGGGCAGGAUCACCUUAGGGCUGCAAAACUCAAUUUAGUGGAUCUGGCGGGAAGUGAGAGGCAGUCAAAAACUGGAGCCACAGGGGAACGGCUCAAAGAGGCCACCAAAAUCAACCUGUCUCUCUCAGCUCUGGGCAAUGUCAUCUCAGCCCUGGUUGAUGGCCGGUGUAAACACAUCCCCUAUCGAGACUCAAAGCUGACAAGGCUGCUGCAAGACUCCCUUGGAGGUAACACCAAGACCUUGAUGGUAGCGUGCUUAUCUCCGGCUGAUAACAACUAUGAUGAAACUCUCAGCACUUUGCGCUAUGCGAAUCGAGCGAAGAACAUCAAGAACAAGCCUUGUAUCAAUGAGGACCCCAAGGAUGCUCUGUUGAGGGAGUAUCAGGAGGAGAUUAAGAAGCUGAAGGCCAUUUUAGCUGAGCAGAUGAGCACGAAUACCUUGCCAGGGCUUUUACCUGCUGAGACUAUUCACAUGGAAAUGAAGCCAGAUCCCCUCCUUGAAUCCCAGUUAGAUGUUGAAGCAGAGAAACAGCUGAUCAGACAAGAGUAUGAACUGAAGCUGGCCUUGCUAAAAGCAGACUACGAAGCAGAGCAGGAGUCCCGUGCCCGCCUUGAAGAGGACAUCAGUAGCUUGAGGAAUUCCUACGAUCACAAGCUGUCCACUCUAGAAGAGAACCUGAGGAAGGAAGCAGAAGUUGUCAUGAGGACUGAAACUACUCCUGGUGAGACACCUUUGCCUGGAGAUGCUGUUGUUGCAGCAGAUGAAGAACCAACGUCAGCCAAGGACCCAACAGAGCCUCAGGCAGCUCAAGACACUGGCAGUAGGACCAGGGAGAGUGCUGGAGCAGAGGUGGCUGUCACUGCUGAAAGGAUUUCAAUGCCUGUAGACCAGCAGCAGGUGCUUGCCAGGCUGCAGAUGCUAGAACAACAGGUGGUAGGAGGAGAACAGGCUAAAAACAAGGACCUUAAAGAAAAGCAUAAACGCCGGAAAAAGUAUGCAGACGAGCGUAGGAUGCAGCUGGUGGCCGCGCUGCAGAACUCUAACGAGGACAGCAGUGACUGGGUUCUGCUUAAUGUCUACGACUCCAUCCAGGAAGAGGUUCGAGCCAAGAGCAAACUUCUGGAGAAGAUGCAGAAAAAGCUGCGGGCUGCUGAGACGGAGAUCAAAGAUUUGCAGUCAGAAUUUGAGCUGGAAAAGAUUGAUUACCUUGGUACUAUCCGCCGACUGGAGCGAGACUUGAUGCUCUUCCAACAGCUGCUAGAUCGGGUGCAGUCCCUCGUCCGGCGUGACUGUAACUACAGCAAUCUGGAUAAGAUCAAGCGUGAGUGCAUCUGGGAUGAGGAGGCUGGCUGCUGGAAAAUUCCAGAGCCUGUCAUUCAAAAAACCAGCCUUCCUGCAGCAGUUUCAUCACUGCCACAGGCAAAACCUGCCAGAAAGAGCCCUUCAGCUGAGAGUGGAGAACUGCUAAUGCAAGAGGAGGACCGCUACAAGCUGAUGUUGAACAGGAGUGAUAGCGAGAACAUUGCCAGUAACUACUUCCGCUCCAAGCGAACCAGUCAGAUUCUUAAUGCCGACCCAAUGAAGAACAGAGCUCACCAUAAUGCCGCCUCUGGCCUGAACGUCCCUUUGAACAACACCAGCACCUCCAGCAUGGCAUCAGCCCCACCGGCACCGGCUCUAGAGAUGCCCCAGCCGCGUCCUUUCCGCCUCGAGUCGCUCGACUUCACCACGCCGUCCGCCAAAACCAAGCGUAAGAAGGGCAAAGUCGGCUUUAGCAAUGACCCUCUCUGACUGCAGUCGCUCUAAGUAGACCUAAGCCCCCUGACCAGUGGCUUUUUGGAGGUUUUUGACCCUUGUGAUCACGGCCACUUUUUGCAGCGAGCCCUGUCUGGGGUUUCAGUAGACACCUGGUUGUCGGUGGCAGCAGCCCUCUGGGAGGGACGCUCCUACCUUGCUUUUUAAGGACAGUGGGAAGAGCCGAACCUGUUUCCAGGAGUUUUAAUUCCGUACCGACAACUCCAGGUUCGUAUGAGGGCCGGCAAGUUUCUCCGUGCCCUACGUGGAGCCCCUGCCCGGUGUGCACGUGUCGCCCCCUUUUCCAUCUUUGCGGUGAGGGACAUCAACCUGCCCUGCUUCCCUUUCCCGAGCUGCCCUACGGAAACCUUCCUGUGAAGGGAAGAAACCCUACAGCCGACCACCUCCCUCUGUAGUUCCCUUUUCAGUGUCACCUUCACGCCACGUUCGGGCCCUGUACGGAAUUUCCCGCUCUUGCCCUGCGUUGUAAUAAAAGUUUC